AUGAUUUGGCAGAUAUUUAAUAGAAUCGGACGAUGGGCCGUCCAGCUGCACAGAACGUGAAUACCUACGGACUUUCAGAGUUUUUCUGAAUAUAUAUUUUUUUGGUUUAAUUUCCAACUCUACCCGGACAUGGAGAAAAUUGUCGUAGUAACCGGAGCAAACAGCGGCAUCGGCCUGGCCCUGUGUGACCGGCUGCUGUCCGAGGACGGCCGGCUGCGGCUCUGCUUGGCCUGCAGGAACAUGAAGCGGGCCGAGGCCGCCCGCGCCGCCCUGCUGGCGUGUCACGGCGACGCUCGGGUGGACCUGCUGCACCUGGACGUGGGCUCUGCGCGGUCGGUGCUCAGUGCUGCAGAGGAACUCAAGGCCAGGUACCGCCGCGUGGAUUUUUUGUAUCUGAACGCAGGAAUUAUGCCCAAUCCAACGGUGGACAUAAGAGCGUUUUUCAAAGGACUAUUUUCCAGGAAUGUCAUCAACAUGUUUGCGACGGCUGAGGGUCUGCUGACUCAGCAGGACCAGCUCAACUCAGACGGCCUUCAGGAGGUUUUUGCCACGAACCUGUUUGGUCAUUUCCUCCUGAUCAGGGAGCUGGAGCCUCUGCUGUGUCAGCCGGGUCACACCUCCAGGCUGGUGUGGACGUCGUCCAGCAACGCCCGGCGCUCGGCCUUCAGCAUCCAGGACAUCCAGCACAGGCGAGGGAAGGAGCCCUACAGCUCCUCCAAAUACGCCUCGGACAUGCUCAGCAUGGCGCUCAACAAGCACAAGAACCAGCAGGGGCUGUUCUCCUCUGUGAUCUGUCCAGGCCUGGUGAUGACCAACUUGACCUAUGGGAUCCUGCCCUCCUUCUUCUGGACUCUCAUCAUGCCCAUCAUGUGGUUGAUCCGGAUUUUCACCAACACUUUCACGCUUACGCCGUACAACGGAGCCGAGGCACUGCACUGGUUGUUUGUUCAGAAGCCAGAGUCUCUGGAUCCCAGAGCGAAGUACCAGAGCUUAACGUCCGGACUGGGGACCAACUACACCGAGCCACGCAGGAUGGACCUUGAUGAUGAAAUGACUGAGGUCUUCUUCUCUAAGCUCCUCGAGCUUGAGAGAGAAGUGAGAAGAAACCUGAGCAAGAAAACCGCUGACAGUGAACAUUAUCAGCAGUAUCUCAAUGAGAUACAGUAGCAGUUUUUAUUUUUAAAAAAAAAAGAAAAAAAAAGUUUUGUCUUGAUUUUUUUUUUUUACCACAUCAAAUAUGCAAUAUUUUAUAACUUCUGCAAAUUGAACUUCAUGAAAUGUUUUUGCUCAAUCUAAUGUCAUUUUUAUUUGAAAUAUUUCGGAAAACGCAAGUUAAAAAUGAUUACUUUAGGGGCGUACCAGAAAGUCUCUUCUGUUCCACCAUCAUAAACAUACAGAUUUACAGAUUCCAUUUAGAUUAUUAUAACAUUGUCUGGGAAAAAAAACUAAUCUCAUAGCAAGUAGUGUUUUUAUUAAUAUAAAUAAAUAUGUUACUUUGUUUACAUUUUAAGAAUAAUCCGGAAGCGUUACUUCAGCGCAUGCACAAAUGAGCCAAAAGUACGGAUCGUGCAGUGAGCCCCGUCCGCCCGACACGAGCAAAGGGCCGAUAGCUUUCCCAGCUUAGUGUUAACGCUAGUAAACAGUUAACAUGAUUAUUUAUGGUGUUUCUGACUUAAAUACAAUCGUUUAACAACAGGAACUAUUUUAAUUCAACUAAAGAGUUAGUUGAAUUAAAGUAUCGUAACUGUAAAGUUAAUCUCAUUUUGUCAAACUCUUUAUAUAAACAGAAGUGGUCUGUUUAUUUUAUGACAGAUACUAGCAUUAACGGUUCAAGAUAACACUAGUGCUGAACCUAUGAGUAAUUAUUAUUUUAAGACCUUGACCUUAUCAGGCAGGCGUCAUGCAUAACCGAGACUGAACUCUUUAGCUGUAACACGUUCUUUCCUGUCAAGAAAUGGUGCAUCUAUUUAGGCAUUUUCAAUCUAAAUUACUAGUUUUAGUAAUAGCUACCAUAAGCAAUUAUAAUACGUUUUCAUAGCCAAAGUUAAACCUAGUACAUUUUUGGCUUCUGAGGUCUACUUUACAACAAUUCAGUCAAACUUUGUAUGCAAGUUCAGAUUUAUGACAUUUUUUGACGCCACUGUUCCAAGAUUGGUGCAACGUUUUGGUUUGCAGAAUUCAGAUUCCCAACGGGGCUAAAUAAAGUACUGCAGUAAGGUUGGGCAUUUAUUGUAUUGUUUAUAUUUUAUUAUGAUACAUUUCUUAAGAAUUUUGACUUAUCACAAAAAAAUAAACAAAACUGUACAAAUUG